AUGGAUCGGAUGAUGCUAUUCCACGAACUUGACAGUGAGUGCGCACCCCCAACAGAACCUGCUCGUCUUUUCAAACCGUUUCUAAUUCUCCCCACGAUGAGAAUUCCGAUGCAACGCCGUAUGAUAAGUAGCGAUCGUGAUUCCGACGCUUCGGUGGACGGCGGAGAGUCUAGCAUCGAGACAGGCCACGAUGUCGGGAAGGAAGAGGAUGACCGCGACGAAGUCAAAGAGAUCCAAAAGCUUGCAAAGAGGGAAACGAGGAACAUCAAGGUGUGGCGUUCAAUAGUGGUCUUGCUUCUCCUGGCUGUGGGGGCGAGUGUUUCGACAUUGACUUUCAUCUUUUUGCGGGACGAAGAAACCGAUGAUUAUGUUGAUGCCUAUUAUCUUUUUGCUAAUACAGUCAGUGACAUUACCGAUUUCCGCGUCGAAAACAUGUUCGAAGCGAUGCGCGGAAUGAGCGAUAUGGUGACUGCUCACGCGAACGACAACAACCGAACAUUCCCUUUCGUGACUUUACCGCAGUUCGAGACACUUGGAGAUCAUGCACGGGUGCAGUCAGGGAUCGAAACAUUUAACUACUUGCCGUUCGUUAGCAACGAGACCAGGCUACUCUGGGAGACAUAUUCAGUGGCUUUCCAAGGUUGGAUUGCUACAAGCAGGAGCGUCGUGCUUGAACGAGACAACAACAUUGCUGAAACCGAUUUUGUGGAAGCUGAUAUCCCGUCCGGAAUUUUCGAAUUAAAGGAAUUUGGACCACCAGGCUAUGCCGACUUUGGGAGAGAAUUGUAUGCGCCUGUAUGGCAGACAAGCCCCCCACCUUUCAAUCCAUUUCUCAUCAAUUUCAACAUAGCGACACUUACAACGGUUAGAGACAAUCUGAAGGCAAUGGGAACGCUUCGAGUGCCGAAGAUCACGAAGCUUACCACGCGCUCUUCGUCACAAGCGAAGGUAACGAAACUGUCGCAGAAAGACCACACACUUAUCUUCUGACUCCGGUAUAUGAGCGUCUAGGAAACAAAUCGUCUGAUGUUGUGGGCGCUUUUGUUUCCACGGUUGCUUUUGAUCGGUACUUGGCAGACUUACUUCCAGACAGGGUUCGAGGAAUAUUUGCUAUACUGAAAAACACUUGUGGACAAGAUAAUCAAGAUCGUACAGCUGUGGUACCUGGGCAUUGCGAAUACGAAAUAAAUUUGUAUCCUUCUGCAAAUUUCGCGAACAAGUACAACACUAACGAGCCUGUCAUCUUUGCAUCGAGCAUUGCAGUAACGUUCUUUCUCAUGGCGUUCACGUUCUUCGUAUACGAUCGCUUUGUUCAUCGGCGAAAUACGAAGGUGGUUAAUGCGGCGGCUCGAUCUAGCGCGAUUGUUACAUCGCUAUUUCCGUCGAAUGUUCGCGCUCGCCUUUAUGAAGAGGCCGAAGAAAAGGCCAAGCAAAAGAUUUCUUCAAAAUUGGCAGGCGUCCAGGCCCCACAGUCUCAGCUAAAAGAUUUUUUGAACGGAUCCGACUCAAACGGGAAAGUUGUCGAUUUUGCUAACGAAGAGGACGAGUUAAACUUCUUCAAAUCCAAACCGAUUGCGGAGCUGUUCCCCAACACGACAAUAAUGUUUGGGGACAUUGCUGGCUUUACGGCAUGGAGCUCUAGCCGAGAACCCGCACAAGUGUUUACGUUACUAGAGACUCUCUACCAUGCUUUUGACGAGAUUGCAAAGAAGCGCCGAGUCUUUAAGGUCGAAACGGUUGGAGAUUGCUACGUUGCUGUUACAGGCUUGCCCGAUCCCCGUAAAGAUCACGCUGUUGUAAUGGCACGUUUCGCUCGAGAUUGUAUGCACAAGAUGCAAAAUCUUUCAAAAAAGCUCGAAGUGUCGUUAGGGCCGGACACAGGUGAUUUAGCAAUGCGCAUCGGAUUACAUAGCGGGCCUGUCACAGCUGGCGUCCUUCGCGGGGAGAGAUCUCGAUUCCAACUUUUUGGCGACACAAUGAACGUUGCAUCUCGCAUGGAGUCCACUGGCGUUAGAGACCGUGUCCAGCUCUCUCAAGACUGCGCGGAUUUGCUUGCACAGGCGGGCAAGGCUGGAUGGUUUACACCGAGGGAAGAUACAAUCGUCGCCAAAGGAAAAGGAGAAAUGAAAACCUACUGGUUGAGCGCCGGUGAUCGCACGGGAACGGAGUCCACAACUUCAAACUCCGAUUUUAGUAUGUCUGGAAAUGGCUUUGACCCUAGCUGGGGUGGCGACUUUGAGCCGAAAUCAUUCACAAAUAGCUCCGAAUCUGAUCGAAAAGUGCUGCGGUUAGCGUCGGGAAAAGCCAACCGCUUGAUUGACUGGAAUGUAGACGUUCUACUCCGCUUGCUAAAGCAGGUUGUUGCACGUCGUCGUGUUUCACAAUUAAAGUCGCCGACAUUGCUCCACAAGGCAGAAACGGUUGAAGAACGCAUAGAAGGAAAUACAGUACUGGACGAAGUGAAAGAAAUUAUAGCGUUGCCUGAAUUUGAUGCCAAGGCAGCUAUACGCCAGGACACUCCGGAUUCGAUCGCUUUGGGACCAGAAGUCUGCCUGCAGCUACACGAGUAUGUCAGUCAUAUUGCAGCCAUGUAUCAGGACAACCCGUUUCACAACUUCGAGCACGCUUCACAUGUUACGAUGUCCGUGGUCAAGCUGCUUUCGCGUAUUGUGGCGCCAUCGGAAGUUGUUGCCAAGAACGAAGGCAAGAAGAAGACAGUCUUCGCCUCGAGGCUUCACGAUCACACAUACGGCAUCACGUCUGAUCCACUGACACAGUUUGCUUGCGUCUUUUCGGCACUCAUUCACGACGUCGACCACAGCGGAGUUCCCAACGCGCAGCUCGUCAAGGAAAACUCGAAAAUAGCAGCAUUUUACAAAGGCAAGUCCGUGGCGGAGCAAAAUUCGAUCGAUCUUGCUUGGGACCUUCUUAUGGACUACAGUUUUAACGAACUGAGGUCAAUUAUAUACACCACUACAGCCGAAAAGAGUCGAUUUAGGCAGUUGGUGGUCAAUUCAGUUAUGGCGACGGAUAUCAUGGACAAAGGUCUGAAGCAGUUGCGCAACGCACGAUGGGAGAGUGCAUUCUCUGGCAAACUAUCGGAAGAGGACGCUACGGACACUACCAAUCGCAAAGCGACGAUUGUGAUCGAGCAUCUCAUUCAAGCGUCGGAUGUUGCUCAUACGAUGCAACACUGGCACAUAUAUCGCAAGUGGAAUGAGAGAUUCUUCACAGAGUGCUACCAAGCAUUUCAGAACGGCCGAUCUGACACUGAUCCGACCGAUAGCUGGUACAAUGGCGAGCUCGGCUUUUUCGAUUUCUAUAUUAUUCCGUUGGCAAAAAAGCUGAAGGAAUGUGGCGUGUUCGGGGUGUCGAGUGAUGAGUAUUUGAAUUACGCUAUGCGAAAUCGGAAAGAAUGGGAGGACCGUGGCCAGGAAAUUGUGCGCGAAAUGGCAGAACAAAUCGCCAAGGCACGUACCACAUCUUUGUAA